GGCUACGUGUCCGCAGGAAUUCGGAAUGUAAGCCUGAUAAUCCCAUCGCCAGUUCUGCGACAAUUGUACGUUCCGACCUCUCUGGACUUGCUCCUCGCCGCAGACUAUUGGCCAUGCCUCAGAGCGAAGUCGUCGUCAAAGGCUGGAAGGCCUCUUCGGAGGAGAAACGAGCGGGGCAGUCGGUCGAUUUGCUUCUGGAGCCCCAAGAUGGAGAAAAUGAAGUCCUCUUCUCCUUCACCGGGAUAGGCGAUGGCGUUUUUCGUACUACAUUGAGUUCAAAAAGCCACCCUUUGCCUCCGUGGCCAAGCGUACAUAGACAAAACGCUGAUCCGUUUCUAACAAACAAGGAUGGGAAACGGGGGAAAGGGUCGCAGCAAUCUGAUCUGUCGCUGUUCUCCUCAGAGCCUAGCUUUAGCAUUUCAUCGACAUUCGCGAAGGCGAAAGUGGAGUGGAAAGACGGCCCUCCCACAAUUUCGAUCUUCACUAAGGACCAGCUAGAUGAGCCUAUUCAUUACGAUCUGCCUCAUCGAUCAUAUGUCUUUGAUGGUCCCGGCGUUGCCCAUUACACACGCUACAAGCGUGAUGCUUUGCAUGUUGGGCUUGGGGAAAAAGCUGCGCCUAUGGAUCUGUCGAAUCGGCACUUUAUUCUUUCCGCAACGGAUUGCUUCGGUUAUGACAUCUACCGGACCGAUCCAUUGUACAAGCAUAUCCCGCUGCUUAUCAGCGCCACAUCUGAACACGCGGUCGCAACGUUCUCAACCUCGCACUCUCGAGGAACGUACUCUGUGGGGUCGGAAAUCGACGGAAUGUGGGGUCGAUACAAGGUCUACAGACAAGAUUUUGGUGGCCUCGAGGAAUACGUCAUCGUUGGACGGACGGUGCAAGAAGUGAUACGCAAAUAUGCCCAUCUAGUUGGAUUUCCGCUUCUGGUACCCCGCUGGGCGUUUGGCUAUCUCGCUGGCGGGAUGAAGUAUUCGAUGUUAGACGAGCCUCGUGCUUGCGACGCUUUGAUGGACUUUGCAGACAAGCUGAAAGAGCAUGACAUUCCGUGCUCCGGUUUCCAGAUGUCCUCAGGAUACACGGUUGCGGAAACGGAGCCAAAAACUCGUAAUGUCUUCACUUGGAAUAGACAUCGCUUUCCUGACCCAAGGGCGUUCAUUGACGCAUAUCAUGCUCGCGGGAUUCGAAUAAUUGCAAACGUGAAACCGUACGUUUUAGCCAGUCAUCCCGAGUACGAGCGUUUGCGCAAGGCCGGUGCUUUCUUCACCGAUCCUCGAACUGGCGGAAGUGGCGAAGCCAGGUUGUGGAGUGCUGGAGGCGGCGAGAGCGGAGUUGGCGGACAUAUUGACUUUACAUCCACGGCAGGGUACAAGUUCUGGUACGACGGAGCCAAGGAGCUUCGCCAUCUCGGAAUCGAUUGCAUCUGGAAUGACAAUAAUGAAUUUACGAUUCCAGAUGACAAUUGGCAGUGCGCUCUUGAGUCUGAGAUCAUCAAGGAGUCUCGUCUAGCCAAUGGUUCAAAGGCCGUUGGUAUCUGGGGUAGGUAUCUACAAACUGAACUGAUGGGGAGAGCAUCGCACGAUGCUGUCGUAGAGGUUAAACCAGAUGAGCGAUCAUUCAUCCUCACGAGAGCUGGAACAGCUGGUACUAUGCGUUAUUGUGCCAGUUCCUGGGGUGGUGACAAUGUUACCAGUUGGGAAAGCAUGAAGGGAGCAAAUUCUUUGUCGCUCACGGCUGGAAUCUGCUUACUCCAAUGCUAUGGACAUGAUAUCGGCGGCUUCGAAGGGCCUCAGCCUAGUCCUGAACUCCUCGUUCGAUGGGUCCAGCUGGGUACUUACAGCCCAAGAUUUGCAAUAAACUGCUUCAAGACCUCGCCUCAAAAUAACAAAGUUGGAGAUGUUAUCGAACCUUGGAUGUAUCCAGAGGUCGUUCACAUUGUCCGUGAUGCCAUUAAAAGGCGAUACGAGAUAAUCCCUUACUUGUAUUCCCUGAUGCUCAGAAGUCACUUAUAUGCCGAGCCACCGCAGCGAUGGGUCGGGUGGGACUACCCCGGCGACGGAGAAGUCUGGACCGAUAAGAAGCUGAGAGAUGGCGAGGAGCAGUAUUUUCUCGGGGAUGCGCUUUUGAUUGGGGGAGUGUAUGAGCCAGGCCAAGACAUGGCACGUGUGUAUCUUCCCUCGUCAAGAGGCGGCUCAGGUCCCGUGGAGCAAUUUCUAAAUCUGAACGAGCCAUACCAGUACUUUGAGUCGGGUCAGUGGGUCCAUGUAAAAUCGAACUGGCAAGACAGCAUCCCCGUUCUGGCAAAGGUUGGAUCCCUGAUUCCCGUGGGCAAGGCCGAGCAAACGCUGUCCCCAGGCGAAGUGAGUAACGAGGCCAAGCUUCCCUUGGAUGACUACCGCGCCGUUGAAAUAUUCCCACCACGACCAAACCACGGAUCUUCUGGCACGUAUAUGAACUCAUGGCUCGAAGAUGAUGGAAUAUCACCGGCGCCAUCUGCCAUCCUUGAGAUUGAACUCACAUACCAGUCCCACGAAACCACCGUCGACAUCGUGAGCUACAAGCACAAAGUAAUAAACAAAUCUUUCAACCCAGUGUGGAAGACGCUGUGCUUCAUUCUUCCGGUUGGUGACAGGCGGUCAGUGACUUUGAAAGGAGAGCAGCUAGCUCUGAGGUGUGUAGAUUCAAAGGGACGCAGCAUCUUCGAAGCUAGUGUCGAUAUACUUCUGAAGUCCUCUCCUCCAGAUCUAUGAGCGCUC